AUGACGUCUCCAAUUUUUGCUUUGUAUGUGACAUGUCUGCUCUUGGGGAGAAUGGCGCAUAUUGCAGAUCUGAAGCCAUCAUCAUUUUCACUCUUUGUAUCAGUUAAUGUUGGUACAGACGUGAAUUUGGAAUGUUUCUAUGAAGACACUGAUGCAGUGAUGUUUUACUGGUAUAAACAAACUCUGGGACUGCAGCCAAAGCUGAUGUCUAAAUUCUAUAAACGUGACAAAAAUGGCAGUCUUCAGGGUGAAUUUUUGAGCGAUCAACGCUUAGAACUAGAAACCAGCCGUGGUAAAAAUCACUUGAAGAUCUCAGGUGUGCAAAUUACAGACUCAGCUACUUACUACUGCAUAGGAGGGUAUUCAUAUGUGUCUGAUUUUUUGGAGAGUAUCAUUGUCAAUGUAAAGGGUUCAGGUAUAAACAUUCAAGCUUUGGUCCAUCAGUCCGCUUUUGAGAGCAUCCAGCCAGGCUCUGUGACUCUGAACUGUACAGUACACACUGGGACCUGUGAUGAUGGAGAACACAGUGUUUACUGGUUCAAAUACUCUGAAGAAUCUCAUCCAGGACUCAUUUACAAACAAGGAGGCGGAAAUGAUCAGUGUGAGAGGAACACCAACACACAUAUAAACACCUGUGUCUACAAUUUGCCGAUGAAGAGUCUGAAUCUUUCUCAUGCUGGAACCUACUACUGUGCUGUUGCCUCAUGUGGACAGAUAGUGUUUGGAAAAAGGAUCUCGUUGGGGUUUGGGCAUGAGGAAGACUCUCUUGUCUUGGUGUAUAUCUUGAGCGGAGCUUUGGUGUUCACCAUCAUCCUGGUUGUUUUCCUGGCGUACACAGUAUGUAAAAUGUUGAAGACAAAGAGCUGCAAAUGCACAGACUCACAACCAAGAUCAUCAUUUGCUUUGGCUUCGAAUGCAGAGGGCAACCAAGAUGCAGAUAACCUCCAUUAUGCUGCUUUAAAGGAGAGCAAGGUCAGAAGAUCAAGAAGACAGAGGGAUGACACCAGGACUGAAUGUGUGUACUCCAGUGUGAGACAGUAG